AUGGCUCUACGGCAGGAAGACGCAAGGAAAAAGCCUUCGUCGCCGAACGGAAAAGCCUUCCCUUCGGCGACUAAGUCGGGCGACGACGACAUAGUGGAACGGUUACGUCGGUUUAGCAGCGUCUCGCAAGAAGACUUUGAAAAAAUGCGACUGGCUGAGAAAGAAGAUGAAUUUUUUGCGAUCAGGAAAGCAACUGAUAUCACAGAACCUGAUACUAAAGGCGACCCAUGUCCACCUUUGCCUAUAAAGAUUAUACAAGGCUCGUUCAGACACGUGCUGGGUGUCCGCGAGGCCUGCUCGAAAAACGGAACGUUUUUGCAGCGUACGAUCGAGCUACGACGUAAACCAGGAGAGACUCUGGGAUUUUAUAUUCGUCAGGGUGAUGGCUGGGAACGUGAACAAGGUAUUUUUGUGUCUCGUGUUGUUUUAGGAACAGAUGUGGACGUUUUCGAGUUGUUACGAGUCGGCGACGAGAUUGUUAAGGUGAAUAAAGUGGAUGUGCGGACUAUGACCAUACAAGAUGUGAGUGCCUUGAUGCAGAUGACUCGACGGCUUAUACUCACAGUGAAAGUUCUUACUCCGGUAACUGCGAUGGCCACUAAGCGUUUAGCUAUGAAUAAAGACAUUAAUAUACAGGGUUUGAAAUCUUUGAGUCCGAGGACCUCUAGGACAUCACGAUCCGAAGGGUCGGUGGAUUCGGCUUCAAAUUCAAGCGGGUUAUCUCCCGAUCGCCGGCUCACUGGUGACAGAAGGUUAAGUAAUACCUCGAGUCUCAGUCAUCAGGCGAACUAUAAGGUAGCAAAUCUAGUCAUAGGAAAAAACAAAGAUGCCAUUAGUGCGGGAAAUCCACAGGCCACGGGACAGAGCUACCGCAGCUCGCGUCGUUCAUCCAAGUCGCCGGUGGGAGGCAGGAGAGCGCUGUCGCCAAUACGGGAGACUUCUGCAGAUAUAUUUAACUCUGAAGCGGAUGAUCGCAUGUCAGCUCACGAGCGGGGUCGCAGUAGCAGAGCUGCGAGUGUCGUGAGCUGGUCUGAUCAAUUUUACAGUGCGUCGGGAGCGAGUAGCCCCGUCAAACACAAGCCAAGUGAUAGAAGGAGAUCUGAAGCACAGAGUUCCAGACCUAAAUGA